AUGCGGUGGAGAUGCCUACAGCGGGGCACGGUGAGGAACGGUUGGGGUGUACUUGCAAAAGUUGGUGCGAUAGUGAUAUUCGCAUUGAAGGAAGGCAAAGCGAAAUCCUUGCUAUGGUCCUCUGGAACUGCAAGAGGUAGUAAUAGCAGCAACUUAGAGAAUGAGAAACCGCCCUUAGUCCCUGGUUUGCACAAUCUCCACAACAAUUGCUUCCUCAACGUUGUUUUGCAGGCUCUCGCUAGCUGUUUUUGCUUUCACGGGUUUCUUCACCGAGUGAUUGCAGAAUGUGGGACUCAGGACAUGGUUGAAAGCGAAACCGAUCACAGCAUGCCCCUUGCGGCUUCUUUGGCUGCUUUGUUGCAAGGUUAUACUAUGUCUGGAGACAUAAUGCUUGCUAUGUCCCUUUACAAUCCAGACUUUAAUCUAACAGACCAGCGGGAUGCUGCUGAAGCGUUUCUUCAUCUGUUAUGCUCUUUGAGGGAAGAAUUUGGAGGUUGCUAUGCUCCAAAUGUGAGUUCUUUAGCAGACGUUGCUGCUGAAGCGUUUCUUCAUCUGUUAUGCUCUUUGAGGGAAGAAUUUGGAGGUUGCUAUGCUCUAAAUAAAAGCGGUCAGGAAAGAUGGAAGCAACUCUUCCUUGGUCCUUUUGAUGGGAUUCUUGGUAGCAGUUUAACCUGUCGAAGUUGUUCAUCUCAGAUCUCAAUGAACUUUGAACAUUUUGAUUGUUUGCCUCUUUCACCUGUAGUGACAAGAGUUGGUUGUACACUGGUGGAUUGCCUGAAGCAGUUCAUUGUUGCUGAACAUGUUGAAAACUAUCAUUGUAGCCACUGUUGGCAUAUUGUUGCAAUCAAGUAUAUUUCCUUAAUGGAAGAAAAUGAGGUAGAACUUGAAAGACUAAGGAGAUGUUCUCAACAAGAACUCUGCAAUUGGCGAAAUAAAUUUAAUCUCAAGAAGCUACCCUGGUCAAAUAGGUUUUCACAUGUUCUGAAGCAGCUAAGUAUUGCUCAGUGCCCAAGGAUUUUAUGCAUCCAGUUGAAAAGAGUUCAUAUGAGUAACUUCAGAGAGCCCUUCAAACUGCAGGGUCAUAUUUCCUUUCCAUUGAUUUUGGAUGUGUUGCCAUUCACAACAACUAGGCUGGGAGUAAAUAUACAAGAGGUAGAGAUGUACGAAGUCUUCCCUUGCAUCUGCAGUAUAGCUGAAGAAACCCUUUGCCUAACCAUUAUAAUCAGCAUUCUGAGGUUAGAACGUUGA